AAAUAUCAACUUUAAAAAACAUCGACUACUAUGUGAAUAUAUAUUAAAUACAUAAGAGUAUUUAAAUGUAUAUGAAUCUGUAUAUAUAAAAGUGUUGUAUAUGUGUGUGAAAAGUGCCAAUCAAGAUCUACCAGUGAAAUUACGAUUUCGAAAAAAAAACCAGACAUAGUCAACGAAAACUUUGCUAGUAUGAGGAGAAAAAAUACUCGUAAUACACUUUAAAGCAAUAAUUGGACUUAUGCAACAAUAAUUUAAAAAAUAUAUAUGUAUGCAUGUAUGUAUAUGGGAAAAAGUGCAUGUUGCAACACCAUUACUACUACUACAAGUACUGCUGUAGCAACAACAACGACGACAAGUGUGAUAGUGUUAAUCAAGCAAUUGAUGGAAAAAUUGUUCAACUGCGUGGUAACACGAUUUAAAUGUGUGGUGGCACAGAGUGAAUGAGUGUUUAUUUCUUCUACUAAAGGCUGAUAUAUGUAUUUUUUUAAAUCAGUUCAGAUUAUGUGUAAAAAAAAAGGAUUUUUUCCCCAUAUAAAUGUUAAUACUUAAUACUAUAUAGUUGGCGUAUGUGUAUGCUGUACAUAUUUGUAUAACGCUCUCGUUUUUAUGUUUAUCAUGUGACAAUGACAACAAAAAGUUGUUUAACAAAUAGCAAAACGUAUAGUAAAAAUAAAAGAAAUUCGCAGCAAUACCAAGAACAUAAAACGGUCUCGGAAUCGACAACGGCGACAACGACAAUACAUGCUAACGGUAAUAACAAAAUGAAUGGAUUUCGCAUCAGUGGUUUUCCAUCUGCUACACUUAAUGGUGGCCUUGCCACAGCUGCUCAACAGCAACAACAACGAGAAAACUCUAUGUCUACAACUCAACAUCAGCAACAACAUAAACCCGCCAAUAACACAGCUUUAGGAAAUGCAAAUAAAUUAAGCUCAAUUGUAACGGGAAACAUGAGUAACAGCAACAAUAUUGAAGUAACAUAUGCCAAACCCUACCAACUAAUGUCCACCAAUUCCAAUACUACUUACUCACAAGUUGGUUCAAAGGAAUCAUCAUUGGCAACAACACCCAAUGGUGGCUGUUCUUUAAACUACAUGCUGGAUGAUGAACUAGACUUACAUAUCAAAGAAUCAGCGGUAACCAUCACUGGCAAUUCGGCCUUAAGUAUGUUGCAACCGUCACCCCCACCCCUAACCACGGCUGUGACAACGAGUGCCACAACUGCAGCACCCAUAGCCUUAAAGGGUAACAAUCCAUUUUUGAAUAGUCCUUCGCCUACGGACAACAUAAAAACAACAACAGCCUUUAGUUUCCAACAGCAGCCACAGCAUGAAAUACCCGAAUAUGCUGAACCACAACGUUAUCGUCAGAAUAAACAAACACCACAGCAGCAUCCACAGUCUUCAAUUGGAAAUUCUGGUGGUUAUGCCAGUACUGUUUUGGGCUCUGGUGCCAUUGUUUCUAUACAAGGAAGUGUUAAUGUGUCUACAAAGGAAACAAUCAUACAACAGCUUACAUCUCCCUCAUCAUCGACUUCCUCUUCAUGUUCAUCUGGAUUUGUGGAUUAUUCUUCUAGCCAGCAACAGCAGUUGCAUUUGCAACAACAACAGCUGCGUCAACAACAAUUGACACUGCAGCAGCAACAGAGAUUAUUGCAAUUAACCCGCCAACAGCAGCAGUUAAGACAGGCUGUUUCAAUGGUAAAUUCUUCGGGCUCCUCAACUGCAUCGGCUACAACGAAAUUUAGCGAUACAACGACCUCAAACAAUCAUGUUAAUAUGGAUAAAGAGGCCAUUUAUGCUGCUCUUUUACAGCAAUAUAGACAAAGUCCUACGCAAGCAACGGCUCCUUCAAACGUUCCCCAUAAAGCUUUGAAAACUCCAAAUAAUAAUAGCUCAAACUCUUCCUACUGUCCACCUGUGCCUUUGCAUAGGAAUAUAAAUACCACUGCUUCCACAAAUCCUGUAAAUGGACCUAUCGUACCGCGACGCUCUCACAGUACUCCCAGGCCCUUAAGCUCCAAUCUCAGUCAUGCCUCUAACCCGCCACUAGGCCCAAACGCACCCAAUACUACCACUAAUGGCCAAAGACCCAGAAGUCUUGAACGUUUUAAUAACUUGCCGGCAAAUAACAAACCCAAUACCCCGGUUUCUCCUUACCAACCACCACCUAUACCCAUAAGAAGAUUUGCUCCGGGUACCCAACCCAAGCGCAAUGUGGGCAGUCCCCAACCUUCAGAGGCGGCCAAAUUUCAAGGCAAGAAAAGCACUAGUAUAGACAACAUAAGGCAACAUGCGGUAAAUACCUCAGACGUACCCCCUAAUCAAGGAACCAUGAGACACUCGGUAACCUUUCAUGGCAGACCUGUAGAAACCAAUAACCUAGAAAAUGGUUUUAGUGUAGAAGACCUUAAAUCCAAUUGUAAUCAAAAUAACACCAACAACUGGUCAAAAACUGAAAGACCCAUGUCUUAUGCUUUUGGUGGUGCGGGGCCAGAUCAAGCCUAUUUGGAAAAUCAAUUAAGAGCCUAUUCGGAACAAUUAAGAACUAUAACAGAAAGUGUGCGCAAGUAUUCGGAACAAGCCAAGCUGUUAUCCGAACUUAAGCGCCAACAGCACUUGGCUAAACAGCAACAAAUGGGCAGUACAGCCAGUGUCAAUAAUUCACAAACUAAUUUGGAACAAACGCACAAUAAUCAACCCAUACCUAUGUCCAAGUCCACGGGAAAUUUUUCCUCUAGCAUGAUUUCCCAAGAAAUAGUCAGUAAGUCCCUAGCUUCGCUCAACAAUCAAACGGCGGAAACACAAUCGCCUUCUACACAACUCAAAAUGUUUCUAGACAAUAUAAGAAGCUCCAUGAGAUCGGAGUAUCAACAAAAUAUACCCGAAGAAGUAUUAAAACCCAUUAAGGAACCCAAAACAACACAAGCAAACCAAAAAGUGAUCAACACUAAUACCAUAAAAAGAAAUUCUUUAGUAGAUACAGUGGAAAAGAAAAGCUCUUCACCUCUCAAGCAAGUACCACAAAAACCAGCAGCUGCCAUCACACAGCAACCUCUUAAGGAACCAGAAUCUUUACCUACACCCUCGGACCAAUUAAGACUAUUUUUGGAUGCCAUACGCUCUAAUAAAAUACCCGAAAAUGAUGAAAAACCUAAAAUAGUGAACUCGCAAACUUUAGACUCUUUCAUAACCAAACCUUUACAAAUGCCCGAUGUAACAUCGGGUACACCCGGUAACAAUGGACCACCUUCUAGAAGAAGACCAAAAUCAACAAUUUCUACUACCAGUAAUGCGGCACCACCAAGCCAGAUUGCGGCGCCAACAGCUCAAGGUUCCACAAAAUUGGAACAUUCUCUUACCACCUCGGAAAGUUUCCAUCAAAUUUCAGACAAUCUACGUUUAAUGAGUGAAGAUCUAAAGGCCUUAAGUCCCAGUAAAGUGGUGGUCAACUCACACAGUUCGGGCAGCCUUAAAACUCUGGCCGCCCCUUCGGAAUUGCGUGUUCAUAACUCCACUUCUCCCUUAGCCACUUCACCCACUAUAAGACAAAAUUUUCCAACUUCCAACAGCAACAGUUCGAUUUGUAGCCUCGCCAAUUCGACCAAUAAUACCUCUAAUACUUCGACACCCUCCACAGCUCCCCUAAUGACAGAUUUCAAUGAAAUCUUGGAUAGUUUUCAACAAAUGGCUGAUAAAUAUAAAUCAAAAGGUUCCUAUGAUUACUUGCGUAAAUGUUCGGAAGCAUUACGUCAACAUUCCCAACAAUUAAAACUAAUGCAACAACAGCAACAGCUGGCCGGCAACAGUAACAAUGGUUUCCAUAACAGCAACAACGGCUUUAAUGAGGAUAGUAAUUCGUGUACGACAACUCCGGGCAGCAUUCGAGAGGCUGUACAAAAUUUACUUAUGCAACCACGUAAUGGUUUUCAAAUACUUGACGAUAGAAUGCGUCUAUUUAUCGACAUCAUUGAUAGUCAGGAUAAAUUGAGUCAG